CAUGCUGAAAUUCGCAGGGCAGCUCGCUCCGCUAGGAGCUGGGGCUUAGGCUAUUUCCGGGAGAAGACACGCCCCGGCCGGAAUUACGUCACGGGCAGAGCGGAAAUAGGCUGAGUUCCAAGAGCGUAUGCUUUGCUAGCCAUGGCGGCAGCGAAGGAGCGUUUGGAGUUCCAUGCCAAGCGGCCUUGGCGCCCCGAGGAGGCAGUAGAAGAUCCGGACGAAGAGGAUGAGGAUGAUGCUAAUGAAGCCGAGAAUGGGUUCUCCCUGGAGGAAGUGUUACGGCUCGGAGGCUCCAAGCAAGAUUACCUUAUGCUGGCUACUUUGGAUGAGAAUGAGGAAGUGAUAGAUGGAGGCAAAAAAGGAGUAAUUGAUGACCUUCAACAAGGUGAAUUGGAAGCAUUUAUUCAAAAUCUUAAUUUGGCCAAGUAUACAAAAGCUUGCUUAAUUGAAGAAGAUGAACCAGCUAAAAAAGAAAAUUCCAGCAAAAAAGAAGUAAAAAUACCUAAAAUAAAUAACAAAAAUACAGCAGAAAGUCAAAGGACAUCAGUUAAUAAGGUGAAAAAUAAGAAUAAGCCAGAACCACAUUCUGAUGAGAACGGCAGUACCACACCGAAAGUGAAGAAAGAUAAACAGAACAUCUUUGAAUUUUUUGAGAGACAGACUCUGUUACUUAAGCCUGGAGGCAAAUGGUAUGAUCUGGAGUAUAGCAAUGAAUAUUCUUUGAAACCCCAGCCUCAGGAUGUUGUAUCUAACUACAAAACCCUUGCUCAGAAGCUGUAUGAGCAUGAAAUCAACUUAUUCAAAAGUAAGACGAAUAGUCAAAAGGGAGCCUCUUCUACCUGGAUAAAGGCAAUUGUGUCAUCAGGGACACUAGGUGACAGGAUGGCAGCCAUGAUUCUUCUUAUUCAGGAUGAUGCCGUUCACACACUUCAGUUUGUAGAAACUCUUGUGAACCUUGUUAAAAAGAAGGGCAGCAAACAGCAGUGCCUCAUGGCCUUGGAUACUUUUAAAGAGUUGCUUAUCACAGACCUUUUGCCAGACAGUCGAAAGCUGAGGAUUUUCAGCCAGCAUCCUUUUGACAAGCUGGAACAGUUGUCCAGUGGCAACAAGGACUCAAGAGAUAGAAGACUGAUAUUAUGGUAUUUUGAACACCAGCUGAAACACUUAGUGGCUGAAUUUGUGCAGGUCUUAGCAGUUUUAAGUCAUGAUACAUUAGUAACCACUAAAACUCGAGCCCUUGCAGUGGCUCAUGAGCUGCUUUGUAACAAGCCUGAGGAAGAAAAGGCUCUUCUUGUGCAAGUGGUAAAUAAACUGGGAGAUCCUCAGAACAGAAUUGCCACAAAAGCCUCCCAUCUGUUAGAGACAUUACUUUGUAAACAUCCCAAUAUGAAAGGAGUUGUGUGUGGUGAAGUAGAAAGGCUACUCUUCCGCUCAAAUAUCAGCUCCAAAGCUCAAUACUAUGCAAUUUGCUUUUUAAAUCAAAUGGCUCUGUCCCAUGAAGAAAGUGAACUGGCUAACAAAUUAAUAACUGUUUACUUUUGCUUUUUUCGGACUUGUAUCAAAAAAAAAGAUAUUGAAUCAAAAAUGCUUAGCGCCCUUUUAACAGGUGUCAAUAGGGCGUACCCUUAUUCCCAGACUGGUGAUGACAAAGUGAGGGAGCAGAUUGACACACUGUUUAAAGUGUUGCAUAUUGUGAAUUUUAAUACCAGUGUGCAGGCUUUAAUGUUGCUUUUCCAAGUCAUGAAUUCUCAGCAGACAAUAUCGGAUCGAUAUUACACUGCAUUAUACAGGAAGAUGUUGGAUCCAGGGUUGAUGAUGUGUUCCAAGCAAGCUAUGUUUCUUAACCUUGUCUACAAAUCUCUGAAAGCUGACAUUGUGUUGCGCCGGGUGAAGGCUUUUGUGAAGAGGUUACUUCAAGUUACUUGUCAACAGAUGCCACCAUUUAUAUGUGGGGCUUUAUAUCUUGUGUCUGAGAUCCUUAAAGCAAAACCAGGUUUAAGAAGCCAACUAGAUGAUCAUCCGGAGUCUGAUGAUGAAGAACAUUUUAUUGAUGCAAAUGAUGAUGAAGACAUGGAAAAAUUCACUGAUGCAGACAAAGAAACAGAGAUGGUGAAAAAACUUGAGACAGAGGAAACGGUUCCUGAAAGUGAUAUAGAAACCAAAAAACCAGAGAUUGCUUCCUGGGUGCACUUUGAUAAUUUGAAAGGUGGGAAACAGUUAAAUAAAUAUGAUCCAUUCAGUAGAAAUCCUCUGUUCUGUGGAGCUGAAAAUACAAGUCUUUGGGAACUCAAAAAGUUAUCUGUGCAUUUUCAUCCCUCUGUGGCCCUUUUUGCAAAGACCAUCCUUCAGGGAAACUAUAUUCAGUAUUCGGGGGACCCCCUGCAGGAUUUCACUCUAAUGAGAUUUUUGGAUCGAUUUGUAUACCGAAAUCCAAAGCCCCAUAAAGGCAAAGAAAACACAGAUAGUGUUGUGAUGCAGCCGAAAAGGAAACAUUUUAUUAAGGAUAUUCGUCAUCUUCCUGUGAACAGUAAGGAAUUCCUUGCAAAAGAAGAAAGCCAAAUACCAGUGGAUGAAGUGUUUUUCCACAGGUAUUAUAAAAAAGUUGCUGUUAAAGAGAAACAAAAACGGGAUGCAGAUGAAGAAAGUAUAGAAGACGUGGAUGAUGAGGAAUUUGAAAAACUGAUUGACACAUUUGAAGAUGAUAACUGUUUCAGCUCUGGAAAGGAUGAUAUGGAUUUUGCUGGUAACGUGAAAAAGAGAACAAAAGGAGCUAAGGAUAACACGUUAGAUGAAGAUUCAGAAGGCAGUGAUGGUGAACUUGGUAACCUCGAUGACGAUGAAGUUUCUUUAGGAAGUAUGGGUGAUGAAGAAUUUGCUGAAAUUGAUGAAGAUGGAGGAACAUUCAUGGAUGUGUUAGAUGAUGAAAGUGAGAGCGUUCCAGCAGAACUUGAAGUCCACUCCAAAGUCAAUACUAAGAGAAGCAAGAGAAAAGGUACAAAUGAUUUUGACUUUGCUGGCUCAUUUCAAGGGCCAAGAAAAAAGAAAAGAAACUUCAAUGAUUCCAGCCUAUUUGUAUCUGCUGAAGAGUUUGGCCAUCUAUUGGAUGAAAAUAUGGGAUCCAAGUUUGAUAACAUUGGCAUGAAUGCCAUGGCUAACAAAGAUAAUGCAAGUCUCAAACAGCUUAGAUGGGAGGCUGAACGUGAUGACUGGCUACACAACAGAGAUGUAAAAAGUAUCAUCAAGAAAAAGAAACAUUUUAAAAAGAAGAGGAUUAAAACCAUUCAAAAAACUAAAAAGCAAAGGAAAUGAGAGUUAUUAAUGUAAAUUAUAAAUUGAAAUUCUACUUACGUCUAAUUUUUGCUGUUCAACCAUGUUUUUUGAUCUAGCUCUCUGAUUCCAUACAUUCCAGACUUCUCAGUGGAUUUGUAAUAAACUAUAAAUAAAAAUAGCUCUCAUUUAUAAAGUCAUGUGGAAACAUUGUUAAAAUUAAACAUAUUGAAAAAAAAAAA